UAACAAUACAAUGGCGGCCGUCAUAGACGCCGUCAAUGCCUUGCUAGCAUCCGGCGAACAUAAACAUAUUCUCUCUGUUAUUAAAGGUUUUCGCAAUGGUGCAGUGUAAGUAUAAUUUUGCUUAGAUUCUAUCUACGAUUGAUUAAAAAGUAACUGUUUUAAAAGCAGUAGAGUAGGGCUUGUUGUCCCAUCCUGUACACUCGAGUCCAAGUUCCAAGUCCAAGUACUGCAAGUACUGUUGACUGUUGAUAACCAAUCUCACUCAAUAUUCAUGUGAAGGUUCUUUGCAUGACAGAACCUUCUCAAAUCCUGAAGAAAUAGUUAGAUCACCAUGCCACUGUAGCAUAGUUGGGUGAUGGUAAUAGCAAUGCCUUCGCCUUCCUCAUUCUCUAUGAUUACAGUAUCAGUGUAUGUAGUCUACAUCUCCAUAUUGACCAUAUGCCAUAUUCCCAUAUUAUUAAUUAUGAUACUCAAACUCAAUGACAAUGAUGAAUGAAAUAUAAAUGAUGAACGUGGGCCGGAUAAUCAUUUUGUACAAUACUUGCAAGCCAGAAUGAAAUCUCUGGAAAAAAAGGCAAAAAACUAAGUUUAGUGUUCCAUGUUAAUCAUGGGUGACUGGCGUGCAAUGUACAAAAAAUAAAGACAACCACCAUAUUUAUUUUCUAAAAAAGUUAUCAAAUAAGGUUACGUUAGAAAUGAUAGUUACAUCACACCUAUAUUCAAAUAUCACAAACUAAGCAGCACAAAAGAUAAGUGAGAUUUGUGAAACUGACGUUUGGCUUUCAAGAUUUCCAGAUUUCAUCAAUGUUUGGUUUCAAAUUGCUGCAUCCAAUCAAGAGAAUUGUUUUCAAAUGUUUAUCAAUCACUCUGGUUCAAUGUGUUGACUUCACAUACUUCCAAACUCUGAUGCCAUACCUGCGGCAAAGAUCCUCAGUUUCAUAAACUCAACAUCAGGUUAGCAGCAGUAAAAUCCAAAAAGUUUUCUUUCUCUGUGGGUAAACAUACAUUUUAUCAAGCAAAUUCAAGUACCAUCGGCGGGCCGGAUGAAAUGGCCUCGUGGGCCAGAUCCGGCCGUAGUUUGGAGACCUCUAUCUUAGACCAUGACUACAUAUGUUCACAAUACAUUAUCAUGGCUUGCAUAUAUCAUAUGUGGCAUAAUAAUUUAAUAUGGCUCUGUAAAGUAUUGUCUGACCUGCAUCCAGUAUAAAAUGCGUCUGCGUACAUCCAUAGGCAAACUACAAACGGACAUAUAGCUGAUGUUCAUUUUCAAAGAUUUUAGUUGUAGACUUCAUAGACAUGAAUGUAGAAUCUGCUGCAGAAUACUUGUGUGAUUCUCAUUUGGUGAAACAGUUUUACUGGCUGACCAGUCUUACCCUUCCGUUGGGAUACUACACGCCCAAAACUGCAAAAUUUCUUAACAAUAGACAGCAUAACUGUGUACUUGGUGCCUUCUUAUUAAAUCUCUCUCAUAGUUUGUUCUGCCACCUUUUUCUCACUUGGGCCCCCUUCACAACCAGUUCCGUAUGAGUGAAAAUAGUGCUCAAAUAUGAAAAUUGUGUUCUCGGUAGAGAAUUUCCAACAACUGCCAUGACACAACUUCCUUGACACCUCGUGGAGCACCUAGCGGCUGGAGUUAUGCACUGUGGACAAGCGCUUUAAGCGUUCAAGAUGCUGCAGUUUCAGUACUGUUACUUUAAGCAUAUAAUAGAUAUUUAUAUACAGAUCUUAUGUACCUGUAACUUUGGUUAAAACCCUGAACUAGAUAGUUGUAGUUGAUUAGAUUAUACUAUAAUCUUUAGACCUAUUAAAUUAUAUUAUAAUCUUUAGGCCUAUAGACUGGUACAGUCAUAUGCUAAAGGUAAAAUGGUUGAGUAGAUGUUUGUGUUUGAUCCAGCAAAAGUUAGCUUUGUUUAUUUUUUUGCUUGUAACUUAGAUUUUAUUUUGCUCAAUUGGCCAUUGUUAACUGCACAACAUUUCUCACCAUGAUCAAACAUUUCCUCACCAUGAACUGAAGUUUUAAUACGUGUAAUUAAUUAAAAAAUUGUAUAAAAAAACAAACAACUUAAUUGACUCAUUUAAGCAUAUGAGUAUCCUGAAAUUUGCACGAAAUUGUUUAACGGAAGUUUGUUGUUACAGAGUUUUUGAUUGAAAUGACAUUUUUAAAACAGAGAGUUAUUGAUUUAUUUUUAAAAAGUGUUUCUUAUGGAAAUGUGAAGCAAUGGGGAAAAUUUAAACUUUUAAAAUCAAAUUAAUUUUUUUUUUUUUUUCCUUUUUUCUCAUUAUAUCUUUUUGAUCAAACUUCCAUUUGCACAACUUUCCGGUAACCGGCAUAUUAUGUCAUAGAUCAUUGGGUUCAGAGAUAGAUAAACAGAUAUUUUAAAAAUAAAACCUUAAGAAUAAUUUAAAUUUAUAGGCUGAUUUACUUUGACUUGACCAACAGUCUCUAAUUAUUUGUAGAAAUUUGUAGAUACUGAGCUUUACUUAGUCCAUCAAUCUGACGCCAAUACAAGUUUUUUUUCCUCUCUUGCAUUGUUACCAUGUACAUCAUUACAGAAUUAGUCAUAUCAGACCUUUUUUAAUGUUUGAUGCAUCAAAGAGCCUGAUGUCUGCAUUCGUGCAAUCACGCAUUGACUACUUAUAUGCUCUCAUGGUGUGUCUUCUGGCUAUGCUCCUGGAUAAAAUUCAAAGAGCACAGAAUAAUGUGUCUCGCAUUGUUCUGCGCAAACUCAAAUUUGACCAUGCUAAAACACUUAUGAGAGAGCUGCAUUGGCUGCCGGUCCGUGCUCGCAUAGAGUACAAAAUUGCAACUCUGUGAGUGAUACCGCUGCUUGCAUGACCUGGCACCUUCCUAUCUCGAAGCUCUUCUGACGCCUUACAUACCCACUAGAUCACUCCGUUCCUCCGAUUGUGGCAAACUCUGGAUACUGCGUGUUCGCCUUGAGACCUACAGAUGGCGCACUUUUGCUUUUGCACGACCAAAAAUUUGGAACGCCCUUCCUGUCGCUCUCAGAAACAGCCAGACUCUGCAGUCUUUCAAAACUGAGUUGAAAACCCAUCUUUUUCGCACUCACCUGCUGGGGUGAUGUAGUCUACCCCCUUGUUUCCAGCUUGCUCAUAUUCCUCGAUGUAGAUUAGCUUGUAUUGUCCAUAGGCUUAUAUGUAGAUUUUGUAUUGUUGCAUUUUGUGUUUUAAUGUGGAAAAAUAUAAAUUGUCAUAGAUGGUUGACUUUGUCCAGUGCUUCAAGUCUUAAUUAGGGAUGAAGGUUGUUUUUGAAAUAAACUUUAUGAUUAUGAUUAUUAUUAUAGUGCAGAGUAUUAGAAAUGCUGAAGUUGUUCUGGACAUGUAAAAAAAGUUGUAUUGUCUGUAGCUGUGUGUUGAUGGUAAGCUUUAUGAAAUGUUCUUUCUGUUCAUCUCAGUUAAAAUAAACUUUGUUGUCGUUGAUCUUUUUGCAGAUAUGGAGCUAAAAUUCGCUUUCCCCAUGCACUUGUUAUGACAUUGUUAUUCAGAAAUGGCAGGUAAGUAAUGUAAUAUGAUCCUUUCAAUGUAACCGCUGACACAGUAACGGAUUAUCAUUUCAUUAGUGCUAUGGGUUAAUCAACUGGCUGUCCUCUGUAAGCACACAGACAGACAGUUGAGUGUAAGCACACACAGAAAGUUGAGUGUAAUCACACAGGCAGACAGUUGAGUGUAAUCACACAGGCAGACCGUUGAGUGUAAGCACACAGGCAGACGGUUGAGUGUAAGCACACAGGCAGACGGUUGAGUGUAAGCACACAGGCAGACAGUUGAGUGUAAGCACACAGGCAGACAGUUGAGUGUAAGCACACAGGCAGACAGUUGAGUGUAAGCCCACAGACAAGACGAUUUAGUUAACUGCAGCUAAGCUUAAGAAGAAGGCCCCAAGCCGAAUUGAUGUCCAGGAUUGCCCAAACCACAGCAGCACUAAAGAGGCUUAAGAAAAUAUCGAGUGAGAAAAUAUAGCCCCCAGCACCAAAAUCAGGCUAAAGCGCUCAUUAGUCCUCUUCAUUUUCUAGUAUGCCUGUGAGUCCUGGACAUUAACAGCAGAACUUGAAAGAAAAAUAAAGGCGAUGGAGAUGAGAUGUUCAUAAGCAUUCUUGUAAUCUGCUAUAGAGACCAUAUCUCUAACGAACAAGUGAAAGAUUUAUCAAGCAAUUGGGCAGUAUGAUGAUCAUUGGUGGCUGUAAAAAAAGUGCAAACUGGAAUGGUAUGGCCACUUGACGAGAAAACAGUGGCUCACCAAAGAAAUCAUGCGUGGCACAACGAGAGGAGGGAGAAGACAGAGAAAAAGAUGGGAGGAUAACAUCAAAGAGUGGACGGGACUAAAACUAGGCGAUGCUGUGCGAAGUGCAGAAAACAGAGAGGAAUGGAGGGGGGUAGUUUUUAUGUUAUCUGUGGCGCCCAAACGGUUCAAGGACUAAGGGUCAUGAUGAUGAUGAUGAUAAUAAAGCUUAAGAUCCAGUUUAUUUAUUCACAGCUUUUACCAUAUCCAGCUCUUGUUUUAACCUGCCACAUAAUGGAGACCAAAUUGAACAUUUUUAUGUUAGGUUAAAUUUCAAGGGUUUAUCUCAAGAAAAAAUUGCCAUGGUCUAUGGCUUUUACAAUGCUAUAUGGGCUUUACAGUGGUCUAUGGCUUUUACAAUGCUAUAUGGGCUUUACAGUGGUCUAGGGCAUUUACAAUGCUAUAUGGGCUUUACAGUGGUCUAGGGCAUUUACAAUGCUAUAUGGGCUUUACAGUGGUCUAGGGCAUUUACAAUGGUCAAUGAUAUUUACACUUUUAUUUGAUCUUUUAAAAAAAAUGUUUACAUUUUAGUUGUUCAUCCUUUUUCUUUUUCAGUUUCAAGGAUAAAGUAAUAGCUAUUGUAGAAGCCACCUAUACACACUCUCGGAACCUUGCACUUUUUGUUUUUGCCUUUAAAGGCUUAACAUCCACCCUGUCCUGGGGUGAGUCCAAGUCCCAUCAGCUUCAUGCAUUUCUCUCAGCAUUUUGUGCUGGAUUUGUUAUAUUUGGUAAAUAUAACAAAGUCAAUGAGCAAGUAGGUGUUCAUUUUUUAUGUUCAUUUCCUCUCACCAUUUAUGUGUUAUUAAAUAAAGUACGGUUUCAUCAAUACUCUUUUCUUCCCCAUAAUAACAUCCCCCUUUGACACUGCCGUCUUUGACACUGCACCAUGACCUUUAAAAAAAUAUAGACUGACCUUCCCUAGGAUCUUUCAUUGCCUCCAAUAUUUUUCCACCUCCCUUUCUCUCUCCUACAUCUAAAGUGUUUGUCAGCUCGAGUGAAUUUCUUCUGGUAAUCAAGAUAUAUAUAUGCACACAAAAAAUGUUGAAAAUCCCGAACACCUCCAAACCUUUUGUUGUGUGCACACAAUGGAUCAUACUCUCCGCAGACUGAUUACAAUGGAUCAUACUCUCCGCAGACUGAUUACAAUGGAUUGUACUCUGAAGACAUUGAUUAUUUUUAAUUUUUUCCUUCAUUAAAAUGUAUGAUGAUCCAAAAAAAAAAAAGCCACCUUUCUAACUUAAUACACAACAAAAAGCUUUCAAACUACAAUCUGUGUAACACAACAAAAAGCUUUCAAACUACAAUCUGUGUAACACAACCAAAAGCUUUCAAACUACAAUCUGUGUAACACAACCAAAACCUUUCAAACUACAAUCUGUGUAACACAACAAAAAGCUUUCAAACUACAAUCUGUGUAACACAACCAAAAGCUUUCAAACUACAAUCUGUGUAACACAACCAAAACCUUUCAAACUACAAUCUGUGUGACACAACCAAAACAUUUCAAAUUACACAGACUAAAAGAAAUGCUUUCAAACUACACAACCUAAAAGCCUACAAACUACACAACCUAAAAGCUUACAAACUACACAGCCUAAAAGCUUACAAACUACACAACCUAAAAGCCUACAAACUACACAACCUAAAAGCCUACAAACUACACAACCUAAAAGCCUACAAACUACACAACCUAAAAGCCUACAAACUACACAACCUAAAAGCCUACAAACUACACAACCUAAAAGCCUACAAACUACACAACCUAAAAGCCUACAAACUACACAACCUAAAAGCCUACAAACUACACAACCUAAAAGCCUACAACUACAAAACCUAAAAGCUUACAAACUACACAACCUAAAAGCCUACAAACUACACAACCUAAAAGCCUACAAACUACACAGCUUUAAAGCUAAUCUGAUUCACUCACUUAUUAUUCCCUCAACACAUCAUUUACGAUUUCAUUAUUUGAUCUCAUUUAAAAAAUAUGUUCUAUUUUCCUGGUAUCGUCACACACACGUCACACACAACAGAAAUUCCUUAAAUCUACAGAUCCUUGACUAAACAAGCUGUGUUAAGCUUUUAGAAUGAGAACUUUGUUUUCAAAUGUUUCGUUUAAUUCUCUUUGGGACCUUUCCCAUUUUUGGACUUUGAGGGUCCAGGGUGGUUAAUGGUACAACUCUUCACUGGCUUGUUUGACUUGUGACUUGUCCUUAAAAGAGCCUGCAUGUUAACUUUGCUGCGUCGUUCAUAACAUCUUGUUCACCUCGUCUCCGCAGAUCAACUUGUAUCUUUUAUCGAGGGUCAUCUACGGCCUGGCCAAGUUGCUGGUUCAGAAAAAAAUAAUUCAAGAACCCAAGACCAACCUGUUCCCCUGGUUUGCGGCCAUCAUGUGGGGCACCACCCUGUGGAUGUUUGAGUACCAAAAGUCCUGCCUCCAGUCCUCGCUAGUUUCUUCCAUGACCUACAUUUAUAAAGACAGUGACAAGUGGACGAGUUUAAGAGACUUUUUACUGUACAAUGAAUGAACUUUGUGAUCUGUAGUCUUUAAUUUAUCAUUGCCUCGUUUUACAAGGUGUUUUUUUUUUUAAUCAGAGCUAAAUUCUACUGAAGUUAUUUGUAGCCUUUUAGCAUUGCCUCACUUCCAGCAAUUUUUUAAAAAUAGAUUUGCUUUGCACAUUUUUUAUACUGAAUUGUUUUCUUUAGAACCCAUUAGUUUUUUUCUCUCAUUUCAUUUUUUUUGUUUUUUUAAUAUUUUGUUUGGACUUUUCUUAGGCAGACAUUUAAGUCUUUGGGAUUUUUUCCAGAUAUUUAUUUUGACAUCAAUUUUCAGAUCAAACUUUAAAAAAAUAACGUUUGACGGAAAUCACACACUGCACUGUGAGAGUUCUCUGCCCUGCAGUUAAUUCAUAUUUAGAUAAACACUUGUCAUAAAAUGUCUUGGUCAACGCAUACUUUUCACCAACAUCAUAGGAUGGAAUGAACAUGCCCCUGCCAAGGGCUUAGGGCUAAUAGCAAUGAGGGACUAUGAUCGUGUGCCCCUUUAGCGCUGCAAAUGUGCCCACCCCCCCCCACGAUGUUAGUCAAGUAUCGAGACAAUGGUAUUAUCUUAAUACCUUUCACUAAUGCGUCCAAUAGUAAGACUUCAUUUCUUCCCCACAGCUAAGUGCUACUGGCCCUGACAUUAAAUGUGAUUACAUAUUUAGCUGUUUCGAUGACAUGAAACUGGUCUCAUGAGUCUGGUCUCAAAUGAAAGUUUGGGCCAUAUAGUCUUGAAUUAUGAUAAGCUGAAAAAAUAACUUUGGUUUUUCUUUCAGAAGACAGCUGCAGAAAUAUACAAAUAUAAGGUCUUGUAAUAAACUAAAAAAAAAAACAACAACUCCAGAUGGUGGUUUGAUGAAAAUGUGCUCCCAGCUUUCCUAAUGUAGCACUAGAUCUGCAGUAAGCCAGCCUGUCCAAAUGUUCUAUGUAGCACUAGAUCUGUAGUAAGCCAGGCUAGAAGCUCAGUCACAGUUUAUCAUUUCCCUCAGACUACAUAGAGCUGUUUCCAUUUAUAACUCAUAAUAAAUAUUUAUUGACUUUAUAACUCUCAUAAUAAAUAUUUAUUGACCCGGCCUUGUUGAAGAUGAAUAUUUAUUUCAUUUAUUAUUAGAGGAUGCUAGAUGUUAGAUGCUGUUUAAAACAAUUAAUUGACCAACACACAAUUUGUAACCAGGGUUAGUGCCACCUGGGGCAUUCUGAGAAUUUCCUCCUCCUCCUCUCUCUCCCCCCCCCCCUUACCACCGGCCAGCUCAAAAGAAACUCCAUUUGGCAGAAAAUGCAGCCCUGCCGUAUGAAGAAAAAAGUUCCACCCUGGGUGGACCGCUCCCCAAUUCCUACGCCACUGUAUCACAUACUAAUUUAAAGUGGUCCCUAAAAAAUGGCAUGGUUUAAAUCUUUUUUUUUUUUUUUUUAAAUAAUGUUGUGAUAAAGUCUUGUUUUAAAGUUUUACAAUAACCAGUGAUUCUCAAAGCAAUGGGGUCUUUUUUUGUUUGGUUUUUUUUCAAUUUUAUAUCAGGCCUGGAUUAUUUAAGUUUGUCUGGGGCCCAGGGAGUUUGAAAAAAAAUCAAAUGUUUAUAUUCAGUGUCAGUUCCAGAAAGCCUUGAUGGUUGAUUGAGUGGUAAACAGAUGAUAGCAUUUAACCCUGUGUAUAAUGUGUCAUCACUUAAAAUAUUUCAUGUGUCUAAAUUGAUGCAACUGUAGUUAAAGGGGAGGAGUAUUUGCACAAACCUCUGCAGUGGGCACAUCAGAGAGAUUGAGAUUGGGGGCACAUAAUUUUAAAGAUCAAUUUGAAAUAUGUUUUUUCUUUCUAUAAAGCAUGUAAACUGAAAAAAGGAAAAAUGAGGUUCAUUAGGCAUUGACAUGACUCUCUGGAUCUGCCACUGGACAUAGUGUACAUUUUUGGUUAUAUAUAUUUAUAUAUCACAUAUAUUAAUAAUCAAACGCAGCAUUUUUUAAAUUUAGAUUGAAUUAUUUAUUUCAGAUAUAAUGUGCAUAUAACAGUAUUUACAUUAUGUUUGUAAAAGUAAAUAGCAUUUUUGACUAAGGAAACAAUGGGUUAAAGGCAUUUUUUGUCUUGGGAAACAAUGGGUUAAUAUCAUUGUUGACUAGGGAAACAAUGGGUUAAUAUCAUUGUUGACUGGGAAACAAUGGGGCAAUAUAAUUUUUUACUAGGAGAACAAUGGUAAAAACAAUUUCCUAUAGAAUGGAUUCAGACCCUAUGGGGUUUUAUGAUAAGGAAACAAUCUCUGCAAAUAUUACAUGCACAAUUUAUGUUGUGUUGCUGUAACCAGUGAGUUCUGAGGCAUGUAGUAGCCGGAGGCAUUACAACUAUCUCAAGACUCCAGGUUUGUGUGAUGCCAUCAAUUUAGUCUUUAAACAUUCAACCUCAUGGUAUGUUUUCAUGGUAUGAUUUCAUGGUAUGAUUUCAUGGUAUAUUUCGUGUUAUUCCUCCCACUGUUUCUCAAGCCUUUGACACCUCUUUAUAUUUCAGCUGAUUUUUUUUAAAGGGCUCUGGAUCAAAUGUUCGUACACACUCGUGUCCUACUUAUCACUUAACCUGAGUUAACUGUUAUAAAGGUUAUCAUUAUCAAUGUUUUAACAAAUAUCUCAAGGAUACUAUUUAAGAAUUUCUUUGUUAACGUUUGUUUUUGUGUCUAAUCGUAUUUAUUUAGCUCUGGCUUUC